UUAAGUUUAUUUGUUUCGAUUUGUUAUAACUUUAUUUGUUUCCUUUAUUAUUUCUUUUGUUUUUCCUCAUUUUGUUUUCAUCCGACAGCGCCGGAAGCCCCGCCUCACGCCCAUUUCCGAGUCUCCGCCUCUUUCCGCGGUAAAGUAUCCGUCACUUCCGCUUUUGUUAUUAUUUCACCCAAUUUUAAAUUAAAAAAAACUUAUAUGUGCGCGAUAAAUAUAACUAUAAUUAAUAAAAUUUUAUAACUGAAUUAAUAUAAUUAUUUCUACAAGUUAAAAUUUAAAAGUCACAAUAAAAGUAUCAUGAUUUGGCACCGGGCGCCAUUUUCGCCGGAAGUGGGCGUGGCUUGUUCUGAGCAUGCGCUGUGGAGGGGCGACGCUGGAACCGGGUUGGGCUUUCCUGCUACAGGGCACGUUGCCUCGCGCUCAGUCGUUUGCGCGCAGCCGCCGCGAUUGGAUGCAUGCCCUAAACUCUGUCCGAGCAGACAUCCACAACUUCGAAGAAAUUUUGCGGCAGCUAUGCCGCUGAUACACCAGGAUAACGGUCGGUCGGGCGGCGGCGAGCACCGGCGCUCCCUGGCGGAGCUGCUGGGGCUGGACACGAGCCGCCUGGGCGAGCCCGCGCCCGCCGCGCCCCGGAUGAACCAUCGGGACGGCGGCUCCGCGGAGUGGGGCUGGGAGCGCGCGCCGAGCAGCCCCGAGGCGGCGCAGACCCCGCGCUCGCUCGUGCCCGCGCGCUGCUUCCCGCCCAGACACCCCACCGACUUCGCUAGCUUCAGCGAGAGCGCGCGGCCGGGCGCGGGCUGGGGCGACGACACCGGCUCCUCCGGCCAAGGGAUUACCGACCUUGUCGCCUCUUUAAAGGCGCUGGCGAUGCCGGCGGCGCCGCGCAAGCGCCAGUCGUUCUCGCAGACCUCCAUCCGCGUGCACUACAGCUGCGACGGGUUCGACCGGAAUAUGGAGCCGGCCUGGUCUCCGGACCAGAACCACAGCUCUGACGGCAUCAACGGCCGCGAGGAACACCCGAGGCUGCUUCCACGGCGCGCCUCUUUCUGUGGCGUAUUAUCAUCGGAGCGCAACGGCGAGCCUCUCUCCUGGACGGGGUCUUUGCCGGCGCGCUGUCUGGACCUUACUAGUGGCAUCUCUCCCAAGGUGUUCAUGGGAGGCCUGCCCUGGGACAUCACCGAGCAAGCGCUGCUUAAUACGCUGAGGCAGUUUCAGCCGGUUUGCGUGGAGUGGCCAGAGCGCGAGCACGGCGGCGACGGACGCGACUCUCCGAAGGGCUACGCGCACGUGACGUUCGAGAGCGAGCGCUGCGCGCGCGCACUGCUCGCCGCGUGCCAUCGCCGCAACAACGGACUGUACUACCGCGUGGCCAGUAGGAAGAUACGCAGCAAGGAGGCGCAAGUGAUCCCGUGGUCAGUGAGCGACGCGAUGUGGGUGUCGUGUGGCUCGGCGCGGCUGCAGCCCGAGCGGACGGUGUUCGUGGGAGCCCUACACGGGAUGCUCACCGCCGCCGCGCUGGCCCGCAUCAUGGACGACCUGUUCACCGGCGUAGUGUACGCAGGCAUAGACACGGACAAGAACAAGUACCCGAUCGGGUCGGGGCGCGUGACGUUCAACAACGUGCGUUCGUACGUGCGCGCCAUCAGCGCCGGCUACGUCGAGAUCACCACUGACAAGUUCAACAAGAAGGUGCAGCUGCUGCCGUAUCUUGAGGACUCGAUGUGCUCUGUGUGCAACCUGCAGCAGGGGCCCUACUUCUGCAGGGAGCCCGUUUGUUACAGAUACUUCUGCCGCUCGUGCUGGCAGUGGCGGCACCCCAACAAGGAGCACGCGUACCUCACGCGCAGCUCCAAGCACGCGCCCGGCGCGCUCUACCACGCCACCUACAGCGACCAGGCCAAUGAAGGCACGCCAUCCCCCCCCAUGAGCGGCGGGUCGAGCGACCCAUCAGGAGCGGACGAGUCGCCGGAGCCCGCGCUGCCCUGGCCGCUCUAGGCGCGACCGACACAGUGGAGCUGCUAUUAAGUUGGGCACUUCGCCACAAACAUCCACACGAUUAUGUUACUACAAUCAUGUAGAGGACUCUUUGGUUAUUUGUUGAUUUCUUUUUGGAAGUUGUGAGUUUUGGUUUUAAUGAUUUUUUUAUUGUUUGUUUUGAAAAAGCUAGUCU